AUGCAUAAAUCUCUCAUUGUAUCUAAAAUAUUAUCUAAUCCUUCUGUUAUACAAGAUUAUUAUAUUUUUCUUAAGUCUAAACUUACAUGUGAUAAAUCUCUACACAUAAAAGAACAAGAAAUAUUUUCUACAUUUUAUGCAGAAUAUUUUAAAAGACAGCAAACAGAUUAUCUUUUGAAUACAAAGAUAGAUUUGUAUAAUGACAGGAUAGAGCCAAUACACUUAAAUGUUAUAGAAAGUAAAGAUAAUAUAAAUAGAUAUAUUUCUAUUAUAUCAUCUAUAAGUGAUAUUAAAAUACCCACAGAUAUUUUAGAAAAGUAUCUCUUAUUUAUUAAAUUAACUAGAGAUAAAGAACAUGAUACAUUUCUUAAUAUUUUAGUGUACACGAUUCUUAAAAGUAAUAUAAGGAAUUUUAAAUCUAUUGUAACUUAUGUUAUAAAAUAUAGAAGAAGAAUAUUCAUAGCAUGUGAACAUAAGACAAUACAGAAUCAGUCAGAGAUAGAAUAUUAUAUAAAUGUAUUAAGUGUAGCACUAGAAUUUAUAGAGAGAAUGGAAUAUAAAGAUUUAAAUAUUACAAAAGAUGAAUAUGAGAAACUUAUAGGAAUAUAA